CCCGGUAAAGAGAAGUAGUGAAAACUCGUAAGUCGUAACACUAAAAAAAUAAAGUGACAAACGCGAACCGAUACGAAACGUGGGAGAGCGACAGCUCCCCAACAACCAUUCCAGGCAAAACAGGAGGACUUCUAGAAAGCCUCCUUAUACCGGAAGUAAAGCCUUCAUUAAUACUAUUAUGGGAGAAGAACCGUCCAAGCCCUCUGAAGAAAAUCCUAGCAUUUCUUCGGUGGUUGCUCCUCUCGACACAGAAAUGGCCGGAUCCCAGCUUGUCGAAUCGACUCCGAAGCCUUCGUGGUUCACUCCUAAGAGGUUACUUAUAAUCUUUUGUGUGAUUAACAUGCUAAAUUAUGUUGAUCGUGGAGCAAUAGCAAGCAAUGGUGUAAAUGGAAGUAAACGGACAUGCACAGAGAGUGGUAUAUGCACUUCGGGUAGCGGAAUCCAAGGUGAUUUUGAUUUGAACUAUUUUGAAGAUGGUGUUCUAUCAUCUGCUUUCAUGGUUGGACUUCUAGUGGCGUCUCCAAUAUUUGCAUCCUUAGCAAAGAGCCACAACCCAUUCAGGCUUAUUGGAGUUGGAUUAACAGUUUGGACCUUAGCUGCAGCUGGUUGUGGUUUUUCUUUUGACUUUUGGUCUAUUACCAUAUGUCGCAUGUUGGUUGGUGUUGGUGAGGCUUCAUUCAUUAGUCUUGCAGCUCCAUUUAUUGAUGACAAUGCCCCAGUUGCUGAGAAAACAGCAUGGCUUGCAACCUUUUACAUGUGUAUACCCACUGGAAUUGCACUUGGCUAUGUUUAUGGUGGAUUUGUUGGAAAUCAUUUUAGUUGGCGAUAUGCAUUCUGGGGAGAGGCAAUUUUGAUGUUUCCCUUUGUCAUUCUAGGUUUUGUUAUGAAACCUUUGCAGUUAAAAGGUUUUGCUCCUGCUGAAUCAAAAAAAGCACUGGAGUCUAUAGAUACAGUUGCUAUAGAAGUUGAAGAUUCAGGGGUUUCAAAUAAUAGAGAUGGUUUAGUUGCUGUAAAUGAGAAACUCAAUGAGUGCAAGUCAAGGAAAUCUUCACUAUCUAAGGGUGUAUUGAAGACUUUGAAUCAUUUUGAAAGAUUUGGGAGAGAUAUGAAAGUGCUUUUGCUUAAUAAGGUUUAUGUUGUAAAUGUUCUAGGUUAUAUAUCCUACAACUUUGUCAUAGGAGCUUAUUCAUAUUGGGGGCCAAAGGCUGGUUAUAAUAUUUAUCAUAUGAAAAGUGCAGAUUUGACAUUUGGAGGGAUUACAAUUGUAUGUGGAAUUUUUGGAACACUAGCUGGAGGACUUAUUCUUGACCGUAUAAAUUCCACAAUCUCCAAUUCUUUUAAGCUGCUUUUUGGGGCAACAUUUAUGGGAGCAAUAUUUUGCUUUGCUGCCUUUUGUUUCAAGGACUUGUAUGUUUUCAUAGCUCUCUUCUCGAUUGGUGAAUUGUUUGUCUUUGCCACUCAGGGCCCUGUGAAUUAUGUGUGUCUCCAUUCUGUUACACCUAACAUGAGACCACUAUCUAUGGCUAUGUCUACUGUUUCAAUUCACAUCUUUGGUGACGUUCCAUCAUCACCACUUGUCGGGGUUCUCCAGGAUUAUGUUAAUAACUGGAGGGAGACUGCUCUUAUUCUCACAUCUAUUCUGUUCCUAGCUGCAGGAAUAUGGUUUAUGGGUAUCUUUUUACACAGUGUGGAUAGAUUCAAUGAGGAUGGUGAGCAUCAAGUUUCCGGGGUGGAAAGGUCGAACCUCAGGCCAUUGCUUGAUGGCACGAAAACAGAAACCCAAGAGGAAUCUGCAGAACUGUAAAUCAUGAGCACAAUAUCAAGUUUUUGUUUUCUUCCAGCUGGGCCCAACAUGGAGUUCAGAUGCAUAAUUGUUUCCAGAAUGCCUUAAUCAUCUCAGUUUGGAUUCAACUGUAACUAUACGUGUUUAUAUUGUUUGACAGUUGACAGCUAUGAAACACGGAAUAGACCGACUGUGUAGGAGUUCAAGAACAAGUUUCUUUGCAUAUCACUUGCAAAUGUACAGACAUCUUAGGAAUCAUGUAAAUAAAUUUACAAGUUUUUUAUUAAUUCUGUAAUUUGGUAAUGUUGAUCCGGC